AUGGGGGGCUGCGGAUCGAGAGAAAAAGAAUUGAGAGAAAAAGUAGGAUUCUCUUAAAGCGAUUAUGAUUAUGCACUAAAAAAAUUCAGUAAGAUGACAAAGUAAAAACCAGGGUAUUUAUAAUUUUUAUAACAGGAAAGCAGAUGAAUAUUUUAGUUUCGAAGGCUUCAAGCAAUAUUUUACUGAGAAUCCGGUGUUAGCAUAAAAGCUCUAUAUUUUUAUGAGGAACUAUGGGGGCUAAAAUUAUGUAGAUAGCCUCACAUUUCUCACAGUAGGUAUGCUAAAAUUAUAAUUGUAGUGGAUCUAUUUACUAGAGUUUCAAUGAAAUUGCAAAACUAACUGAAGAACUUGGAUAUAUAUACAUUAUUUACAUUGGUGUCUUUAUCAAGUCCUGAUAUUAUGUAAAAGGAUGCGUUCAAUUUAAAUAAUGUGUACAAGAUAAGUGUGAGCUACUCGAAUGCAGUGAAGCUAUUUAAAGUAACCUCUCUCUAAUCAUUUUAGGAACUCAUUAACAUGUAGAGUGAUAAAGGAGACAUUUUAUGUCAUGACGACGAUCAAGCACCAAUUCUGAUUAUCAACAACAUCUUUGAAAGUAAGGGAAUCUCAUAUUAAAUUAGAUCACUCCUUAUUGAAUUACAAAGCAUUUAAUGAUAAAAUUAAAUCAGAAACUCCUCUUAUUUGCAAAAUUGUUAAAAAUUAUAUUGCAGGCAAAUUCGUUAAUAAAACAUUGAGAAAUACAUUGCCGAAAUUAGACCCAAGUGAACUUAUGAAUAAAUAAUUGAUAGGUAUCAAAUUUAUAUCAAUUUAAGCUUUACUCAAUCUAAGUGUACCAUGGUUUUAGAAGUGUAUUGCAAUUAAUUAAAUUUACAAAUACGAAGUCGAUACAGGAUAAUAGUACAAUUUUAAUAUCCUUGGAAAUAGCUUACUCUAAGCCAAAGGGCCAAAUAUGAUUCUAUUUAGGCAUUCCCAAAAGGAUAAAGAUGGUGAGAAAUUGGAGAAGUAUGUAUUUGGAUAUUUUUCACCAUCCUAAUGGAGAGUUUCUCCUGAUAUUUCAGGGAAUAAAGGAUCUUUCAUAUUCUCUAUCCAUCCUAAAUUCAAAAUAUUUUCAACUAAUGGUUAACAGUAAAGUAAAUUUGCUUUGCUUGUUCCAAUAAUAACAAAAAGAUAAAGUUAAACUCUCAAUUCACCUCUUAAAUAAGGGCCAAAAUAACCUGGUUUGGGAAUAGGAGGAAGUGGUUAUGAUCAUCAUAGAAUUUGGAUAGAUGGGAAAUAACUCUAGGCAAGUAGAUUGGUGGAAGAAGACAAAACAUUCUAAAGUGGUUCAAUANAUUAUAUAUAAAAAUUGUUAUGGGGGGCUGCGGAUCGAGAGAAAAAGAAUUGAGAGAAAAAGUAGGAUUCUCUUAAAGCGAUUAUGAUUAUGCACUAAAAAAAUUCAGUAAGAUGACAAAGUAAAAACCAGGGUAUUUAUAAUUUUUAUAACAGGAAAGCAGAUGAAUAUUUUAGUUUCGAAGGCUUCAAGCAAUAUUUUACUGAGAAUCCGGUGUUAGCAUAAAAGCUCUAUAUUUUUAUGAGGAACUAUGGGGGCUAAAAUUAUGUAGAUAGCCUCACAUUUCUCACAGUAGGUAUGCUAAAAUUAUAAUUGUAGUGGAUCUAUUUACUAGAGUUUCAAUGAAAUUGCAAAACUAACUGAAGAACUUGGAUAUAUAUACAUUAUUUACAUUGGUGUCUUUAUCAAGUCCUGAUAUUAUGUAAAAGGAUGCGUUCAAUUUAAAUAAUGUGUACAAGAUAAGUGUGAGCUACUCGAAUGCAGUGAAGCUAUUUAAAGUAACCUCUCUCUAAUCAUUUUAGGAACUCAUUAACAUGUAGAGUGAUAAAGGAGACAUUUUAUGUCAUGACGACGAUCAAGCACCAAUUCUGAUUAUCAACAACAUCUUUGAAAGUAAGGGAAUCUCAUAUUAAAUUAGAUCACUCCUUAUUGAAUUACAAAGCAUUUAAUGAUAAAAUUAAAUCAGAAACUCCUCUUAUUUGCAAAAUUGUUAAAAAUUAUAUUGCAGGCAAAUUCGUUAAUAAAACAUUGAGAAAUACAUUGCCGAAAUUAGACCCAAGUGAACUUAUGAAUAAAUAAUUGAUAGGUAUCAAAUUUAUAUCAAUUUAAGCUUUACUCAAUCUAAGUGUACCAUGGUUUUAGAAGUGUAUUGCAAUUAAUUAAAUUUACAAAUACGAAGUCGAUACAGGAUAAUAGUACAAUUUUAAUAUCCUUGGAAAUAGCUUACUCUAAGCCAAAGGGCCAAAUAUGAUUCUAUUUAGGCAUUCCCAAAAGGAUAAAGAUGGUGAGAAAUUGGAGAAGUAUGUAUUUGGAUAUUUUUCACCAUCCUAAUGGAGAGUUUCUCCUGAUAUUUCAGGGAAUAAAGGAUCUUUCAUAUUCUCUAUCCAUCCUAAAUUCAAAAUAUUUUCAACUAAUGGUUAACAGUAAAGUAAAUUUGCUUUGCUUGUUCCAAUAAUAACAAAAAGAUAAAGUUAAACUCUCAAUUCACCUCUUAAAUAAGGGCCAAAAUAACCUGGUUUGGGAAUAGGAGGAAGUGGUUAUGAUCAUCAUAGAAUUUGGAUAGAUGGGAAAUAACUCUAGGCAAGUAGAUUGGUGGAAGAAGACAAAACAUUCUAAAGUGGUUCAAUAUUACCUGAGGAUAUACAUUUACUAAAUGUAAAAUAUUUUGAUUGAUUUAUUUUUUUAGAUCGACCUAAUCGAAAUAUGGGAUUUACAAUUAAGUACUGUGGGACAAGGCACUUCUUAUUUUAAAUCAACAUCUCCCCAAGUGCAUUUUGGAGAUGCUGAAAAAAGAAUUAACUAAAAUCAAUUGAGAGAUUUGAUUAUUACCUUAAAUUAAUAAUAAGGAAGAAAUGACUAUGUAUCACUUAUAUUAAAUGCUUUUAGAGAAGAGAUACAAGGGAAUUUUAGACUACCAAUCCCUUGCUUCCAAUCAACGAAGAGGAGGAGGAAAAAUAAUAAGCCAAAUGA